CUUCUUCUUCUGACUCUCCCUCUCACCAAAAUUUUAUCAAUCUCUCUCGCUGCCUUCUUUCGCCGGAAGGAUAUAACUUUCGCUGGAAUUUUUCGUCUUACAAGGAACCUUCGAGCGCAGCAAGGCUGUUUAAUCUCGAGAAAUCACGGAGAAGCCAACAAGAAAAAGGGAGCUUUUUUGCUGAGGCGGUUUGAUUUUUUAUCUGUGGUUAUAGAAAGGAAUCGUUUGCGUUGAAAUGGAGGCUUAUAGGCUUAUCCUGAUCGGUGGUUGAAGCUUUUUCAUUUGCAUUUCGUGCCAAUCUGAUUCUAGACUCUUUUGUCAUUUGCUUUCUCGUCGUAAAGGUGCUUGCUUUUGUGAGUUAUUUAUCUCGAUUUCUCUUAAAGAUACAGAGAGAAAGAGAGAGAGAGAGAGAGAUUGUGUAUAGACAUUUGUAGAUAUUUGGAAUGGGGAGGGUUUUGGUGACAUUGACUGCAGCUGCGGCUGUGGUGGCUUGUUCAGUGGCCACGGUGGCUGUGAGAAGGAGAAUGAAAGGGAAGAGGAAGUGGAAGAAGGUGGUGGGGAUACUUAGGGAUUUGGAGGAAGCGUGUGAGACUCCCUUGGGAAGGUUGAGGCAGAUGGUUGAUGCUAUAGCUGUGGAGAUGCAAGCUGGUUUGGUUUCUGAAGGAGGUUCUAAGCUUAAAAUGUUGCUCACUUUCGUUGAUGAUCUUCCCAAUGGGAGCGAGACGGGAACUUAUUAUGCACUUCAUCUUGGUGGCUCUUACUUUAGGAUAAUAAGGGUUCAUCUGGGUGGCCAAAGAUCUACUCUUGAAGUUCAAGAUGUUGAACGACAUUCCAUUCCGACAUCGUUAAUGAAUAGCACCAGCGAGGUUCUCUUCGACUUUCUUGCAUCAUCCUUGCAGAUGUUUAUUGAAAAAGAAGUGUUUAACUUGUCACAACCUGUAAAAAGGGAACUUGCAUUUACUUUUUCUUUCCCAGUCAAGCAAACAUCUAUCUCUUCAGGAGUUCUAAUUAAAUGGACCAAAGGUUUUGCAAUUAGUGAAAUGGCUGGGGAAGACAUUGCUGAAUGUCUACAAGGAGCGUUGAACAAGAGAGGGCUAGAUAUUCGUGUUGCAGCUCUUGUGAAUGAUACUGUUGGGGCUCUAUCAUUUGGACAUUUUCACGACCCAGAUACAAUUGCCGCAGUUGUCUUUGGAACAGGUAGUAAUGCUUGUUACCUUGAACGAACUGAUGCCAUAAUCAAGUGUCAAAACCCGCGCACAACUUCUGGAAGCAUGGUGGUCAAUAUGGAGUGGGGAAACUUUUGGUCAUCUCGUCUGCCAAGAACUUCAUAUGAUCUUGAGUUAGAUGCAGAGAGUAUGAACUCAAAUGACAUGGGAUUUGAGAAGAUGAUAGGAGGGAUGUAUCUGGGCGACAUUGUCCGCAGAGUAAUUCUUCGCAUGUCACAAGAGUCCGACAUCUUUGGACCCAUCUCAUCCAUUUUAUCGACACCUUUCGUUCUAAGAACAAAUUCCGUCUCAGCAAUGCACGAAGAUGACACACCGGAGUUACUAGAGGUAGCAAGAAUCUUGAACGAUUUAGGGGUAGCAGAAGUAGCAUUGAAGGUGAGGAAACUUGUAGUAAAGAUAUGUGAUGUGGUGACACGCAGAGCGGCCAGGCUAGCAGCUGCGGGAAUUGCAGGAAUCUUAAAGAAGGUAGGGAGAGAUGGGAGUGGAGGAGGAAGGAGAAGCGAUAAGCAGAUAAUGAGAAGAACGGUGGUGGCAGUAGAAGGAGGCCUGUAUUUGAAUUACAGGAUGUUCAGAGAAUACAUGGAUGAAGCUCUGAGGGAUAUACUGGGAGAAGAUGUAGCUCAACACGUAGUGAUUAAGGCCAUGGAAGAUGGUUCCAGCAUUGGCUCUGCAUUGUUACUGGCUUCAUCGCAAAGUGUUCAAACCAUACAAUCCUUAUAAAUGGUUGUAUAGAGUUAGAUUGUAUAGUCAAUUUGUUUUAGACGCAUGUAGCUUUGUGUAAAUAUCGUAGGAACUUCUUCUGCUCUCUGUUCUUAGUUGUGUAAAUAAAUUGCAGUCUAUCUCAAAUAUAGAAAUAUUCUUAUUCUAGUAA